AUGCUUCACGUUGCUCGGUUUGCGCUGUUGCUGAGCGUGGUCCCUCACUUCGCCGGCGUGUAUGGGACUACACAGCAGCCGCUUGUUCUCGAUACUCCGAGCGAGAGCAAGAUCAUCGACGAGAGAUUUGGUUCGUUCGUGCAGGAGGUUCUGGCUAAUGAGACUAUCUCUGGGAUCUCAGUUGCUGUUGUGCGGCCCGAUGGGGAAGUGGAGCUCGGUGCAUGGGGCAUUCGAACGGAGCAGGGCGAUGAUAUGGAGCCCGAUGCAUUCCUUUCCGCAUCUAUGGGCAUAUUGAUCGACGACUUUGCAUCCGGGAGAAACGCGACAGCACUCCCGUCCUCCGUCAGAUUAUUCGACUGGGAAACAAAAGUGAAAGCUGUCUUGCCGGGCGAAUGGGAACUCGAAGAUGAGUGGGCGACGGAGAAGGCCAACAUACGCGAUAUCCUGUCCCACGUCUCUGGUCUUCCGCGGUACGUUGGCGACGCUCGUAGGCAAGACACCACGAAGGACGUUGUUUCCCGACUGAAGGAUCUCAGGGCCGCUUUCGAGCUCCGGCAUACCUGGUCGUACAAUAAUCAAAUGUAUAUGGUUGGCUCCUACAUCAUAUCGAAGUACUCCGGCAUGCCAUACGAGCAGUUCGUCGUCGAACGCGUCUUCAAGCCGUUAAACAUGAGCGACAGCAUGUUCUCGCAGGACCAGGCUGCUAAGACCGGCCGCUUCUCCGACAGCUGGAACAAGUAUGGGCGAAGGAUCCCUAGGUGGUUCGAACGCAAGAAAAUCGCGGAGCUUAGCGCCGGUGCCGGAGGUGUCAUCACCACUGCGGCCGAUCUGUCACGCUGGUUACGCAUGCUCAUGAACGAGGGAGUUGACCCAGAUACAAAUGUCGUUGUCAUACCGAAAUCCGCCUUUGCAGCCGCAACAACGGCAUCCGCGAUCAUAGACGGUUAUACGAAAAGCAAUGACCUCUCUAUCCAAGGCUACGGCAUGGGUUGGCUCAGGCACCACUACAUGGGACGCGAUCUCAUCUGGCACUCGGGCGGUAUCCCUGGGAUAUCGACGUUCGUUGGCUUCUUCCCUAACGAUAACCUCGGUCUGGCGGUGCUCGCGAACGCAGACGAGAAAUCGCUGGCGACCAUGCGCGUGGCGACGGAGAUAUUGCAAGCUGCUUUGAAGGUUACUGCAGACGAACCGUUCCCCAAAGCUGCGCUCGAUGUGCACCGAAGUCAGGGUCCUCGCAACGUUACUGUUGAAGCCUCAUCCGAGGUCGAGACCGAGGGCAUAGAUCUCUCUAUCUUCGCCGGGACAUACACCAAUGCUGGUUACGGAUCCUUCACGCUCUGCGCCCCGAAGAGCUCUUCCCACUACUGCGAUGAAGUCCACCAAGACUUUGAGUCGGUCGAUGCCGCAUCGCCGAACCCACCGCCGUCCUCGCAAAAGGCGAAUCAAUUGCUCGCCGCGUGGCCGCGGCUCUGGUCCAGCCAUUUGCGUCUCGUUAGGCACGCGGACAGCAGCACCACGUUCAACAUCACCAUGGACGCACUAUUCCCGCAAGGAUAUGGUGCAAACAAGACGGCGUUCGGGAUGUGGGAGACGGAGAGCGAUGCGACAGUGGAGUUCGUCGUGGACGAGACUGGGAGGGUGGAGGGGGCCGGGUUGAUCGGCACGGUCGUCGGGAAGACUACGGACAGACAGAGGUGGGGCAAGAAUGCACAAGAGAGGGCCGACGCUUGGUUCACAAGGGUAUGACCGUUUGAACGUGGUAGUAUCAAGCCUAUGCAUGUACGCAUCCACAUAUCUACAUCGCGCACGGGUCCCAGUUACGAGGGAUCUACCGCCUGGUUCGCUUUCUGCGCGCGCCGCUUUUCA